GUUGUUGACAGGCGCGGAAUUUGUAAAAUCCAUAACAUCAAAUUUAGCUGCCGUUUAAUCAACCCCUUUCAGUUGUCAAAAAAAUAGUUUUAAAAACAACUUAUUUAUUGGCAGAUUGGAUCCACGUUACAUCGUACAUUGCGGUUAGGUGAUUAGGAAAAGUGUUAAAAGUUAAGUUUCGGCAACUUCAGGUUUGAAGUUUGACAUGACUUAGCUAGCUACUCCCAUCAAGCUAACUGACAUGUGAGAUCUGGACAGUUUUAUGAAUAAAUAACAGUUUGUAACAACAAUUCUGGAGAUAAAUUUGACUAAUGUUAGCUUGGUGUUAGUUGACCACGACGUGUUUAAUUAACGUUAUGACAUGUGUAGCUCCAAUGCGUCCUGGCUAAGCUAGGCUAAGCUAAGCUAGGCUAGGCUAAGCUAUGCUGAUACACCAUCUGACUAAGGCUCUGUUCACAUCCGGACGACCGUUAACGUUACGGUUCCAGAUCCACAGAGGGUUUCGCGUUACCGGGUAUAAGAGGACAGACUCCCCGGGAGACAUGAUCCGGCGGACUCCGAUCAAACGGGUUCUCUGUGUGGCGGAGAAGAAUGACGCGGCCAAGUGCAUCGCGGACAUCAUGUCCAACGGCAGAAUGAGGAGGAGUGAGGGUCUGUCUGUCUAUAAUAAACUCUAUGAGUUUGAAUACAACCUGUUUGGACAGAAUGUGACGGUGUGUAUGACGUCAGUGUCCGGACAUUUGCUGGCGUUGGAGUUUAAGGCUCAGUUCCAGAAAUGGCACAGCUGUAAUCCUCUCCUGCUGUUUGAUGCCGAGGUGGAGAAGUAUUGUCCUGAGAACUUUGUUCAGAUCAAGCGGACCCUAGAGAGAGAGGUGAGUCAGUGCCAGGUGCUCGUCGUCUGGACAGAUUGUGACAGAGAGGGAGAGAACAUCGGCUUUGAGGUGAUAGACGUCUGUAAAGCAGUGAAGCCCAGUGUGCAGGUAUUCCGCGCCCGGUUCUCUGAGAUCACUCCCUCCUCUAUCAGGAGAGCCUGCGACACGUUAACGGAACCGGACGGUAACGUCAGCGAUGCUGUGGACCUACGGCAGGAACUGGACCUCAGGAUAGGUGCAUCGUUUACCAGGUUCCAGACACUCCGCCUCCAGAAAAUCUUCCCCGCCUCGUUAGCCAAUCAGCUGAUCUCGUACGGCAGCUGCCAGUUCCCCUACGCUGGGAUUCGUUUGUGGAACGAUUCAAAUCCAUCCAGGCAUUUUAUACCAGAGAUGUUCUACAAGAUAAGAG